AUGAGAAGAUAUGAAAUGCAGCAGGCCAGACCUACUGCAGGCUGCCUUUCUGUGCCUCUGUUUACCCAGAAGAAAAGGAGCAGGCUGCCUUUGACAUCCAAUCCCUCUGAGAAUGAAUUCUGCUCCAGCAAUGAAUACAUGUCCACACACAGCGCUGUUUCAUCCAACAACAUAUCUGGUAACACAGAAUAUUUCCAAGAUCAAGACUCAAGCUGUCCUGCACCUGCUGCUCAGAACAGUCAGUGGAACAGACAAGGCAACCAGCAUCAGUCUCAACCACAGUUUCUGUAUCCAAACAGUCGACUUGCACCUGAACCCGUGAGAAGAAACUUUGCACCUCUACCACACCCAUAUAAAGCUGUGAAUACAGGUCCGCAGAUGGGACAGCAACAGCCACCAGUGAGGCAGGACUCCAGAGCCCCUAUAAACCCCAGACAGAGCAACUACAACGGCCCUUGCAGCAGUGGGAACACACAGAGCAAGCCAGUACCCCCAGGUAGCUACUCUCAUAUGGGUCAGCAGCAGCAGUCUGGCUACAGACAGGGACAGGCCAACCCACCAGAGCCUCCUCUCUGCUCCCAGCAGUCUACACCCAUUACCACAACAAGAAGACCAACUCCUGGCCCUCCAAACAGACCAACUCCUAGUCCUGGACCACAGCAGCAGAAGCAGGACACAUCCUGGAAAUUUAAAAUGACCACCAACACUGGGCUACAGAAACAGCUGAUGAACAAUAGAGACAUAUAUCAAACUCAAAAUACCUCUCAGUCUCAGAUCAAACCAGCAACUGAGAACUCUUUGAGGAUCCUGACUGCUGUCAUUGAUGGCAUGAGACACUGGAGCCAGUUCAAGGACAGUGCUCCGUACCUAUUUGAGAUUUUCGCUACUCUUGACUCUGCAGUCACUGCCGGGUCUCAUGGAGCUAAGAACUUCCUCAUGAGAGAUGGGAAAGAGGUGGUGCAGUGUGUCUUCUAUGAAAAUGAGCUGGACCUUCCCAGGCUGAUCCGAGGACAGGUGCAUCGCUGUGUGGGAAACUACGACCGCACCAGGGACACACUCACCUGCAUGUCUGUCAGGGCUGCCCUGCACUCCGAGCAGAUGAAUGCACAGGAGUCUGUCAAAGCAUCGGAUGCUGAGAUGAGGGGCCUGGUGAAAUCACUCAGUGAAGUCUGAUCAGAGGCACAGAAACAUGUAAAGGGCAAUUCAAGGGCAAUACAAUUGUUUUUGUCCAUGGUUCCUUGUGAGUAUCACUAUAUGGCAAGUGUUCUCCUUUUCAUUAGAAACUGCGGGAUCCUAU